UAAAAACGACUUCCAACCGAACCCAUGAAGUAAAAUCGGAUAUAUAUGUACAAACUGAGCAUAAAGUUGAUAGACAAAUUUACACAUAUGUGGAAAGCUUUGAAGUCAUGUGUAGUGGUAUAAUCAUAAUUAUGGCAUUAACCGUAUUAUAUGACUUAAAAAAAAUAAACAACUUAGAGACAUAAAUAUGGUGUAACGAUGACAUAGGAAACUAACGGAACCGUCCAAUGUUUCGACUGUAUCGUAUGCUUGCCCUAGACACGUGGCGCUUUACCGUUCCAUCUCCCGCUGCCCCGUAUGAUAAUCUCUUCGGCUCACCGGAGAGACGCGGAAAGACUAGAGAGAGAGGGAGUGAAGAAUGAGACGAGAGAGAGAGAGAGAGACUGAUGGAUAAAGAUGAGCUAUGGCGCACGCUAAGAUGCGCCGGAAUGGCGCAGUAUAAGGCCACCGUCGACACCCUCAUGCUCCGGUACCGUCCGAUCGCUCCGAAGCCGACGACUGGUGAACCAUGCAUCGGAAGCAACAGCAACCCUCACGGUACGAGCAAAAGAACAAAGAGAAAGUACGUUAGGGUUUCGAAGAAUAAUAAGAACAAUUGUAGAAGAAAAGGCAGAUCUGCAUCUGAUCCGGAGAAAGACUCGUUCAUCUCCGGAGAUAUCGUCACACUUCAGCUCUUGCCGGAGAAAUCUAAUCUCAACGAUGAAUCUACGCCGAUGGCCUCGGAGAAACUCGAUCCGACCUCAGAAACGAUAACCGUGGAGAAAACCCACGUGAGCGGCACGUGGGUCGUCGCCGACGGCGGAGCCCCGGCGGAUACACCGGCGGGGAUGCGGCCGGGAAAUGAGAUCGAAACAUGGGUGACGGUGGAGUCCGUCACAGGAGCAUGCGACUACGACGGCGGUUCGAGUUUUCAUGCUUUGGGGCGUACGGACGAGGAGAUAGUGGGCACUUUGCACAAGGACACGUGUCCAGGGUUCAUAUCCGACUUCUCGGACCGCGUCGUGUGGGUGAACGAGGCUUACCGGAGGACAAUCUCCGGCGAUGUCAUCGGAGGCGGACGAGAGUCGCCGGAGGUGGUGGUGCGGUUGGUGACGGACGAGAUGACGGCGUUCCGUGGAUACCGGAGUUUCACGUGUAGGGCUCGGCUGCAGUACACGUGGCAGGAUGCGAAGCACAUCAAAACGGUGCCGUGUGAUGUGUGGAGGAUGGAGUUUGGUGGAUUUGCAUGGAGGCUCGAUACGAGAGCUGCUCUAACGCUAUGGCUUUGACGCUCAUGAAAUGGGUAAGAAAUAAGAAUAGUUUUGUGGUGUGAGAUUAUUAUUAUUAUGGGUAUAUAACAUAUGAUUAAGAUCUUGGAUUAUCAUCAGUAAUAAGAUCGACAGAAGGAACUAAGAGGGAUUAUGAUAUGGUAAUGUGGCUAAGUGUGAGGAAUGAAGGUGAGAAGAAAUCUAUGAGCGUGUAGAGUUUUAUAUAGCUGAUAAUGCCAAAAACUGGUUGGCAAAUAUCAAAUAAAAGAUGAUAUUGGGUGGAUUGUUAUUGA